UGUUGAGAGAUUAACAAACUGUUAUUGUGGAUGGGGGUUAAAGAAAAAUGCCUCGUUCAGAAAAACUUGUAGACCUAAUAAAAAUUAAGCUGUAUCAUGCUGACUGACACCAAAGCCACAUAGUAUUUGGAAACUCUAAAAGCAGAAUGACAUUAUUAGGGGAAAAAUGCUUAUUGUGCAUCAGUGUGCUCAGCCAGUAUCUGAAGUGGUAGUUAACUUAUGAUCUAUGAUUAUAGUUAUGUUGGAGUCUGUGGAGGUUGAUGGGCUCCUGCUGUCUGAAGGAACACUUUCAUUGAGAUGCCCCUGGUCACACAGGGUUGAAGAGGCCUGCUGACAGCCCUGCUUACAAGCCUUACUGGCACUUCAGGACUUUUUUGGCUGUCCAUGGUACCCGAACUACUGCCCUGCUAUAUGUAUUCUUGUGAUGUUCUGGAUUUACUACCAGUGUCACACAGGAGGAACAGUGGCUGAGGGAAAUCAAGUUACAUGCUUAGUUUCAGAGAAUAUUCCGAGUUGGAAGAUACCCACAAUGGUCAUCAAAGUCUAACUCCUGACCCUGCACAGGACAACCUCAGUCAGAUAAGCAGCCUAUUUAACUACUGAAGCUCCAAGCAAUUUCUGUUUGUCAGCCAUGUGAUCAUUUUGUAGUAUUUAGGCUUGAUGGGGGCAAAACUGGUGCCUUGCAGGAAGCCUGUGGUCUGUCUUCUGGAGGAAGCCUUCAAAGAUAGCUGACCACUCUGAUGUAUUCUGAAAAAUGGCUUUUUAGCAGAAAACUUUGCUUAUGAGAGUAAGAGUUUUCUUCCAGAAGAGAUAUCUUAGUAGGAUUAAAAAAAAUAAAUUUAUAUUCUCUUCAUGCUGAGAGAAAUAAUCAUUGAUUAGUGAAAUAGUCAUUGGUGUCAGUUCCUGAGAAAGCUACCUCCCAAAAGCCAAGCUAUGGGGCUGGCUGCUUGCUAUCAAAUCCCUUUGCUUCGGUAAACUGGUAUCUUAUUUUCUCUCUUCCUCCAAAUCUCUCAAAGUGUCUCUAUAUCCACAGCAAAUAGUUGGAUUUAUUAUGAUUAUUAUUUAUCCUGAGCCAUCCAGCAUGGAUCUGAGUGUGUUUGAGGGGCUGGGACUAGUGAAGGGCUUUGGCUGGAACAGGUCACUGAGACCAUGUAGUUCUUACCAAGGGAUGAUAAAUGGGGUUAUACAUCUCUAAGGGUGAUGUCUGAUGGGGUUGCAAAUCUACAGAGGCACUUGACUUUAAUACCACUUGCUGAGUAACUUUUCUUUGAGUUUCUUUGAGUUCUGCAGAACAGCUCCAGCUUUCCGUCUGACACUGAAAAUUUAAUCAUUAUGCUAACGAAAGAUGCUGUGUUAGUGUAUCUCACUAGAGGUGAAUUGAUGGUAGUUGCUUUUCUACUUAAAAUAGCCUCUGCACACAGCUGUGCACCUAGGAAGCAUCCCUUUGGGGAGUACAUGUGACAUUUUGUCUUUGCAAGAAUGAUGUAUCAUAAAUGAAACUGGAGCUGCACUUUACUUCUCCACAUUGGUUGGAUACCUGCUAAUAGCUCCCAUGAUUGCUACUGUUUCUCAGGGUUAAAAAUGGCUAUGGAGCCUAUCAGAAGCUGUAAAAGCAAAGGGAAUCUGCCUUACUGGAAUGUAAGAUCUGAAUCUCUCCAACUCUGCAGUGGCUCUGAUCCAUCUCAACUUACUGGCCCAAGCCCAAGAAGCAGUUUGUUCUUUCUGCAUAACACAGUAUUGUCAGGUUGCCCAGACCAUGAAAAUGUAACUUUUCACUUAAAAAAAAAUCCAAGCCUCCUCAGCAGCUGAAGUUAGUAUGUGUCUCCUUAAACUGAAAGGGAGCAUCUUUGAGCUGGAGUGGCCUGUGAUGAAGGCACAUGGGGUAGUUCUUGGGCAGUCCUUGUGCAGGGCUGAGUUAGACUUGAUGCUGCUUGUAGGUCCCUUCCAACUCAGAAUAUUCUGUUAGGAAAUGUUAUUUCUGUAUAGCUUGCACUGCUGUCUGCUUCAAAUGUUUAUUUUUAGCAAAAUUUUAUUGGCUUGAUGUGUAGGAAAAAAUAAAGACAACAUAUUAGUAAAAUAAUUGCCAUACCAGUGCAGCCUGUUGCUCCAAAGAAAGGUUUUUUGAUUGAAGGUCCAGUGCUGUCUCUCAAGGAUGUACAGAUGUUUCCCCUUCAUUAGAUUAGUACAUACAUAAGGGAAAUGUUAAAAGAGCCACUAUUACUACAAAUUACUGUGUCCAGACACCCGCAGUUGCAAAAUUCACCUUGCUGGAAUCUAUUGCCCUAGCGUUGCUGGCCUGUCACUUGACAAAAGCAAGUUGCUCUUUCCCUCCCCUGGCCUGUUGACUUUAAAGAACUUGCUUUAACUACUCAGUGCCUUGCUUGUCUUAGAGGCCUCCAGAGGAAAAAUAAAAUUCACUUUUUGAUGUUCAGAGCUAGAAACCUCUUUACUCUCUUGGUCUGUGUGAGGUAAAAAUAAGAAAGAAUGAAAAAUAAGUAAAGGGUGAAAAUCUGUCUCGUGGCAGGUCGUUGCUGUCAGAUCUUUGCAUUGUUGGUGCAAUACAAUGGCAGGAGCACUGGAUCAUUACACGGGAGCUCUGUGGCUUUUCAAUAGACAUUUAUACAGUUAAGUGAGGCUGUAGGGCCCAGAAUCAUUUUUACCCUUUGUGCAACAUAAUUUGAGGGAAAAUUUUUCUUCUCCUGGUUAUGAGUAAUAUUUCCUUCUUGGUGCUGUGCACAGAAGGGCAUCUAUGGCAUUAAUGCUUCUGUUCUGCAAUGCAGUAUUGUAUUCAAGAGUUAGUGCUCAGGUGAGAUGGAGGCAGUAUCUGCUGCUCUCUUCUCCACUCUCUGCCUUAAUGUCACUCUGAAAUGGGACAUGUCCUGCUGCUCUGGGAAUGUCCUGUCUGGGACCACAACGUUGGUCAAAGCCAGGGUGAGAGGAAGUAACAAAUCAUGGUAUUUGCUGGCUCUCUCAUCUAUUGAUCAACUAUGACUUUUAUCAGGGACCUGCAUCUCUAAUUUCUCUGAUAGUGAAUGCAGCCUGUGAGCCUGAGGCAGGCUGUCUGCAUCUCCUGUCUUUAAGAUGCUCUGCAAGUGCCUCUGACUGUACAGAGCUAAGUGAGCCCAUGUCCUGUGGUGUGACCUGGCCUACAGCACAUCCCAGGUUUCUGGUUGGGGCUGGGGAAGGACCAUGUGUCUGCACUGUGUUUCUUCUGAACAACUGCAUUGGGAAGGACUGGCAUCCAGCAGUUACAGCAUCAGAAUCUAUUCACAUGGGAUGGCACAGGUUAAAUCAGGAGCUGAUACCUCAGCAUAUAUGGCAUACAUGCCAUACAGCAUGUACAUGUCUGCAUUUGUUAUGGGAUAUCCCAAAACCACAGAUGGUUUAGCAGCUGGGAUUGUUCCCUGAAUUCUAAUCCUGGAGGGGAGGCAGGAUGCAGUAAAGAACAAUAUGAGGAUAAACUAAUUUCCUGUGGGCAUUGAAAAAGACAGGUUCUUUUGGAGAACUGUGUAUCUGUAGAGGGAGAAGGAGUUUCAAGGGAGAGACAAGGACACAGUACUCCCACAGCAACCUUUUUAAUCAGGUUCCCUAAGCAGGAGAUGAGCACGGACCUGAGCUGUGUGACGUAUUCCUAUGUGUCUGUGUUGGGGCCAAAAAGGAGCUGGUACCUGAGAGGCAGGGCAGAGGCUGUUCUUGCCACUUCUCCAAGAUGCAGCAAAGCAUGAAGGCAGGCAGAAUUGUAUGCUCUAACUUUGAUCAGCAGUGGCCCUUUAAGGCAGAGCAAGGCGUGCAGUGUGGACACUGCCCAGUCCAAACCCAGCAGCCAUGUGAACUCUCCCCAGGUGGGCAGUGCCAGGCUGGCACAGCAAGGCCCCCUCACCCUCCCCAAUGACAGAGGGAGUCUGAUUGAACUUGCUGGCUCCCACUCACUCUGCCCCAAUUUUCCUCAGGACAAAUGAGAAGAACCUGUCUCCAAGUGCAAGAUUUUGGGAAUAUGUGUCAGAGAUGCCUGUCAGUAAAACAUCCGUCUUGCCCUAAUUUCUGCAUGGAGUGCUGCAAUGUCGAGUGAAAUAACCUUCCAAGCUGGCUCUGGUGCAGAGGUAUUUUGGCUUAUGUUAUUGCUGAGAGCUUUCUUUCUGAGCUCUUUCUGCCUCUCUGUGUUUCUGAUGUCUCACUCUCUUCACUCUUCUUUUUCCCUUGGGCUGGGAUGUGUGCUGUUUGCAAUGCAUCAGGAAGUAAUACGCAAUGAGAAAACUCUCAUCAUCUGUGCAUCAGGGAGAGAAUUACUGACUGAGUGCUGAGCAGUCAAGUUAUUGAUUCAAACCAAAGCCCAGUCUCUCUGUCUGCUGGGCUGGUUACAUCCUGCUGGUUGAUUGCAUUUAAUCGGAUUCCCUGAGCUGCCACGCAGAGGGGGUGAGUUAGAACCAGAUCCAUCUAUAAUGUUUGCUUCAAAAUCCAGUUCUGUCUCCCCUUCUCCGUCCAUGGAACAGGCAGACUCGGAUGCUCUGGACAUCAGCACCAAAGUGCAGCUGUACGGUGUGCUCUGGAAGAGACCCUUUGGGAGGCAGUCAGCCAAAUGGUCCAGGAGGUUCUUCAUCAUUAAGGAAAGCUUCCUGCUGUACUAUGCUGAGAGUGAGAAGAAGAGUUUUGAAAGCAAUAAAUACUUCAAUAUCCAUCCGAAGGGUGUCAUACCCCUGGGAGGCUGCAUUGUGGAGCCCAAAGAAGAGGCCAACAUGCCUUAUGCCAUAAAGAUCUCUCAUGAAGACUUCCAUGGUAACAUUGUUCUAGCAGCCGAAUCAGAGUUUGAGCAGGCUCAGUGGCUGGAGAUGCUGCAGGAGUCUGGAAAAGUGACCUGGAAGAAUGCCCAGCUAGGGGAAGCCAUGAUCGAGAGCCUGGAAGCUCAAGGACUACAGCUGGCCAAGGAGAAACAGGAAUAUUUAGAUAAACUAAUGGAAGAAACAGAGGAGCUAUGUCUGCAGAGGGAGCAAAAAGAGGAACUGGAGCGUCUGAACCAGAUGCUGGAAGCAGAGAAGCAGCGCUUUGAGGAGGUGGUGCGGGAGCUGCGGCUGGAGCAGGAGGAGAUCCGGCGGGAGCUGGAGCUUACAGCCCGCUCCCUCAAAGGAGUGGAGGAAGAGAAGAAAGAGUUGAGAAGCCUGACAGAGUCCUUACAGAACACCCUGGAGGAGCUCUCCCUGGAAAAACAACAAAUGCUGGAGAUGCUGGAAGAAAAUGAGAGCCAGGUCCCACCUCCAACCAGCCCCAGCAAGGAGCAAAGCCCCAUCUGGGGACUGCACUGCAGCCUGCGACAGAUUGAAGAGAAGAUGCAGCAACUUCUGCAGGAGAAACUCCUGGCAGAGAAAAGGAUGAAGGAGAAUGAGGAGCGGUCUCGAGCACUGGAGGAGGAGCGCGAGUUUUACUCUUCCCAGUCGCAGGCGCUGCAGAACUCGCUCUUGGAGCUGACUGCAGAGAAACAGCAGGCAGAGAGAGACCUCAAGGCUGAAGUGAAGGUACGCAUGGAUCUGGAGAAGAGGCUGAGAGAGGCUGAGGAAGCCUUGCAGAGCUUGGAGCAAGGCUUAAAUUCCCUGAAUUGCAACAAGGAGAAAGAGAAGAAGAUGAAAGCAGAUGUCAGUAACUUGAGAAAGUUCUUUGAAGAGUGCAUCCGCAAUGCUGAGCUGGAGGCCAAGAUGCCCGUGAUCAUGAAGAACUCCGUGUACAUCCACAAGGCUGCCACUCGCCGCAUAAAGAGCUGCCGCUUCCGCUGCCGGAGAGCCAGCGCCUCCUGGAAUGACAUGAAACAGUCCCAGUCCUUCAUCUUCUCACCUGCAGAAGCUGAAAAUAUUGAAGAGCUGAAAGAAGCAGCCAAAAGACUGAGCCGGGACCAGCGCUUUAGGAAAACUAUCUAUCAAAUCAUGAGGUCACAAAAGGAUUCUGCUUCAGGGGACAAAAAGUGACUCUUUUUGGGAGGGGGCUUCUGAGAGUAACCUGCCAUUCAGCUCUGCAAAAGUACAGCCUUGGGCACUAGGCUCAGAAGGGAGAUGUGGCAUUUGGUGGGCAAGGUGGGGGAGAGUUGUGUGUAGGGAAUCCCUUGAGUUACUGGCUUUGCUUUAGUUUGAGUGCUCCCUGCAGCCUGGCAGACCUUCUCUGCUGAUCUCUCCAAACCCGUUUGCUUCAGCUGCUUACGCUAAGCCAUGUUUGGCCAAGAUGCCACAGUCGGUGUUCAAGUGAACCAGAGACCAUAGCUUAGGAAGUGCCUCUCCUUUCCUUUCCUUCCCUGUCUAGUCUGUCUGCCAAACACAAGUGCUUCUGAGGAAACCUUUAGCAGCCUAUGUUCCAGAUAUAUAAUCUCCUCAACUGAGCACAGCUCACCCUGUUCUGCCUGAUCCCCUCCAGGAGCUGCACACCCUCAGUAAAUCAGCACUUCGGUGGGGCACAUGUCCUGAAGACUGCAGCAGUCCCAGCCUCCCAAGCACAGGCAAAAGUAUCAAACACAGGGCCAAACUUUUUGUCUUGAUGCUACAUAAUUUCAAGCAAACAGCAACAACACAAGGUGAAGACAACAGGAUGAUGCUGUGGAUUUGGGUCCAAGGAGGAUCAUGUACAGAGAAGAGCUUAUAGGUAACUCAAUGGCAUCCAUGCAAGCUGGAGGGAGGAUUCUGUUGUGUUGAUGGUGGGCAGAACAUUCCAGGGCCACCUUUGCACAUUUUUUUGCACUGGGACAUCUAGCUGUGUCAGAACUAGGGAAUGUAUUAGCUCUUGGCUAUCUGUUCCUCAGUGUGAAGAAGCCUUUGACUCAGUUUUGACGGCUUCCUCAACACCUCUGUGAGGUGAGUUGGAGGGCAGGAGGGUGAAGAUUGUCCAGCAACAAAACCCACUGCCACUUCAGGCAAGCUGCAAGGGCUGUGGAAGAGGAGUCCAGGAGAGGAGUCACUUUGUUGUGGAACCCCUUGCAGCCUCCCCCACCUAUUUUAAGCAAGCAGUUGGCUAAUAAUUACCCAUGCUGUAGAAGCAGCACUGCCUGGUGCUUACAGACCACAGGAUAAGCAUGCUCAGAGGGACACCCUGUUUUCUCCUGCCUAUUAAUUGGGAAAUUAAGAAAUAGACAAUACAAAGGUGAAUAAAGUAAGCAGCAGAAGUACAGUUAGGGGUUAGGGGGUGAUAAAGUACAGAUUUACUGUACCUUUCCUGGCAUCAGGACCCCUGGGUAUUAUGUAUGUCCAGUGACACACAGGUGGUUGCUUGCUACUGUCCCAUCCAGACUGUGACAGUGUCCACUUAUAGCCUUUGGCUUCUGGCCACUUACAUAAUUCCCUACCAAUUUAGUGUUGUUCCUAGGGAGAAGUCAAGGAUGAGGCUGGGAAGCAAGCCUUGGCUUACCAGCCAGAGGAGAGUGGUUAAAGCUGGGUAGAGGAACAUCCUGUGACAAUGUGAUGCUCCUGGAUGGAAUCACUCUAGUGUGACCAGAGGAAAAGCUUUGAAAACACAGCCUGUACUUCCCAUUUCAGUCAGUUACUGACUAGUGUCCUUCUGCCAGGCAUUGGGAGGUUUCAUCCAAUCAGAAGGUCCAGCUCUGAAGGAGGAUGUUUUUGUGAUAAUAGGUGAUACGGUAGGAGAAGAUUGUUUCCAUCCUUCCUUAGCGUACCUGAUCCUUCUGUGCUUUAUCUACUUGUGUUUAUAUGCUAGAGAGCCACAAAUGAAUUCUUGCUCCUACAAGGCUGAAGGGCUGUGAUAAAGAAGCAAUACAGAAAUAUUUUUUUUUUCCUUGAUGCUGCUCCCAGAUAAUCUCUAGCUAUUUUCCAGUUACAAGGUCUAUAUUAGGUGAUGCUGGAAGGAACAGAAUAAAGGAUAGCUAGGGAAUGCAUCUGUAAUUCAGGCAGGUAGAAAAAUCACCCUGUGGCCUGUGAAUACAGCAUUUUUGUUUUAUUACCAUCAAAGCCACAAUCUCUGAUUCUUCAGAAGUAUUGUAUGCAGGAGGUAGUCACAUCAGGUCUUCCUUUACUGUGCAUAUUGACAGCAAUAAGUAAAUAAAAGUUAUG